CUUGAACUUUAUUUCUCAAUCUCUGUACAAAAGCAUAAACGAUGGAUCGCCAAACAACAGCUGUUCGAGCAGAACAUCGAUUUGACAUUAAUAACCUGAAAAGAUACCUGUCAGGAAAGCUUGACAGCUUUUCAGACACCGCUACACUAAAUGUACAGCAGUACAGAUCUGGCCAGUCCAACCCAACAUUUUACAUUGAGACUGCAAAUAAGAGUUAUGUAAUGAGAAAGAAACCUCCAGGGGAACUGCUACCUGGAGCUCAUAAGGUGGACAGAGAGUACAAAGUUCAAAAGGCUCUGCAUUCUGCUGGUUUUCCUGUUCCUCAUCCACUGCUGUAUUGCACAGAUACAUCAGUCAUCGGUACAGAGUUUUACAUCAUGGAGCAUGUAGAGGGUCGUAUAUUCAGGGACCUGAGGCUCCCAGGGAUCAGUGCAGCAGAACGGGGUGCUCUUUAUGUGGCUGCAGUGGAGACACUAGCCAGGCUUCAUUCUCUUGAUGUCAGGACACUCGGUCUUCAGGGAUACGGGAAGGGGGCGGGCUAUUGUAGAAGACAGGUAUCCACAUGGACAAAACAGUACAAAGCCUCUGCCCAUAAAGAGAUACCAGCUAUGGAUAACCUCUCUGAUUGGUUGAGCCACAACCUGCCAACCAAUGACGAUGAAGUGACCCUUGUUCAUGGUGAUUUUCGAAUUGACAAUCUGAUAUUCCACCCUACAGAGGCUCGCGUAAUGGCUGUCCUGGACUGGGAAUUGUCCACAACCGGGCAGCCAAUAGCAGACUUGGCCUACUUUCUGAUGCCACACUAUUGGCCUAGUCGCUACAGGGUCAUCAGCUCAAUGGGCGGAGUCACGGGAAUAGACGGAAUUCCUUCUGCAACCGACCUGAUCUCCAUUUACUGCCAUUGUCGAGGGAUCCCAAAGUCUCUUCCUCAACAAAACUUCUUUAUUGCCAUGGCCAUUUUCAAAAUGGCUGCAAUUGCACAGGGAAUCUAUGCAAGGCAUUUGUUGGGAAAUGCAAGUUCUGCCAACGCAUCCGAGUUUGGAGAGAGCGUGGAGCCUUUAGCUGAGCUGGGUCUGCAGAUUGCCCUCAGCCCAACUCUAUCCAAGCCGUCCCCCGAUCAGCUGUUCCUACAGUCACCCAAUGGUCAGAGCGUCCUUCAGCACGUCAGAGAGUUCAUGAGAAAGCAUGUACUUCCUGCCCAACAGGAGGUAAAGAAAUAUUAUGCUAAACACAAAGACAUGCCUGAGAGAUGGGACACACCUCCUGUGAUAGAGGAGCUGAAGGCAAAAGCCCGAGCCGUAGGCCUGUGGAAUCUCUUUCUUCCUGCAGAAAGCGGUCUCUCUCAGCUGGACUACGCACACAUCGCAGAGGAAACCGGACGUUGCUUUUACGCCCCCGAAAUCUUCAACUGCCAGGCUCCAGAUACUGGAAAUAUGGAGGUGCUUCAUCUGUUUGGCACAGAAGAGCAAAAGAAACUCUGGCUGGAGCCUUUACUGAGAGGAGAAAUACGCUCCUGUUUCUGUAUGACAGAGCCUGAUGUGGCCUCAAGUGAUGCCACAAACAUUGAGUGCACACUUCACAGGGAUCAUGACCAUUACAUCAUCAAUGGCAAAAAGUGGUGGAGCAGUGGUGCUGGUAACCCAAAGUGUGAGUUUGCCAUAGUGAUGUGCAAGAGCAAGACACUGGAUUCAAAAAGUAAUAGGCAUGGGCUGCACAGCAUGAUCAUCGUCCCUAUGAAUACACCAGGAGUGAAGAAGAUAAGACCGCUCACAGUUUUCGGACAGGACGAUGCGAUCCAUGGGGGCCAUUUUGAGGUUCAUUUUGACAAUGUGCGCGUUCCUGCCUCCAACAUUAUUCUUGGUGAGGGGAGGGGUUUUGAGAUAGCUCAGGGACGACUGGGGCCAGGAAGACUUCAUCACUGUAUGAGGGCAGUGGGAUUGGCAGAGUGGGCACUGGAGUUACUAUGCCAACGGGCCGCCAAUAGACAGACUUUUGGAAAGGCACUGUAUCGACAUGAGGUUGUAGCCCAUUGGGUAGCUGAGUGUCGAAUCGCCAUUGCGCAGGCGCGUCUGCUUACACUACAUGCUGCUCACACACUGGACACACAGGGCAACAAGGCUGCAAGAAAACAGAUUGCCAUGAUUAAGGUGGUAGCUGGCAGGAUGGUGUGUAAAGUGGUGGACUGCGCUAUUCAGGUGUACGGCGGUGCGGGGGUGUCUGAUGACUUUCCCCUCGCAGAAAUGUAUGCAUAUGCACGAACUUUACGCAUUGCUGAUGGUCCCGAUGAAGUUCAUUUGUCAUCUAUUGCUGUACUGGAGCUCAGAGACCAACUGAAACGAGCUAAACUUUAAACUUAAAUAUCACAACCUCUCUAUUUUCUGUAAACAUGUCUGAAACCAACUGUUAGAUGUGCUCAAAAAUAAAUGACAGGAUCAAUGAAUCUA